GCCAUGUCGCACCGCGACUUCGCCCGGCCGGGCACGAACAUCAACACGGUCGAAGGGAACAAGGCCGGCGGCCGCGCGGCCCGGCUCACGCGGGAGCGGGAGGCGGACCAGAAGGCCUUCGAGGACAAGAAAUCAAAAAUUGAGGCCGACGCGACCAAGGGCCUGGGCCGCAUCGACGACAAGUUCGACAAAACGAUCCUGAAUACGGUGCUCUCCGGCGGCGGGCUCCAGACCGCGGCCCAGUACAAGGCGGCGCAGAGCCAGCCGGUGGCGCCCGCCGCGGCGCCGCCCCCGAAAAAGGCCCCGGCCCGCGCGCCCGACGCCCGCGCCGCCAAGCGCGCGAAGACGCGGCAGCUCGCGCAGCUCUCGUUCGGCGACGCGUUCGAGGACGAGGAGGAGGAAGCGGCGCCGCCGCCCAAGCGGCCGACGUCGCUGAAAUGCCCCGACGUGGACACCGCGUUCCUGCCCGACGCCGCACGCGACGCCGCCAAGGCUCAAAGGAGGGCGCAGGCCGCGGCGGAGUGGCUCGCGGCGCAGGAGGAGGCCAAAAAGGCGCCGCUCCAGAUCGCCUACUCGUACUGGGACGGGUCGGGCCACCGGCGGAAGCUGACGAUCGAGCGUGGGGCUACGAUCCAUACAUUCCUCGAAAAAGCGCGCGAACAGCUCUCGGGGGAGUUCCCGGACCUGCGGCGCGCCGCCGUCGAGAACCUCAUGUACGUCAAGGAGGACCUGAUCGUGCCGAGCCACUAUUCGUUCCACGACCUCAUCGUCGCGAAGGCCCGAGGCAAGUCCGGGCCGAUGUUCGAUUUUUCCGCGCGCGAGGACGUGCGACUCGUCGGCGACGUGAGGACCGAGUCGGACGCGGUGCACCCGGGGAAGGUCUGCCUGCGCGCGUGGUACGAGCGCAACAAGCACAUCUUCCCGGCCUCGCGCUGGGACAACUACGAGCCGGGCGUCGACCACGGCGAGCGCUACACGGUGAAGGGGUAAAUAUGUAUUCUUGU